CCUAAGCCACAUAUGGACGUGAGAAGAAACAUAGAAACCAAAAUCAUUUGGAGGAAACUAAGUUUGAAGAAGCUAGGAUUAAUGGAUUCAAAUGAGCGUAAAAAAGCAGCUAUGCAGCGAAAGUUGCAACAACUUCGAUCCGUCACAAAUUCCAGUGCUAUGAACAAGGCCUCAAUUAUUGUGGAUGCUACCAGAUACAUAGAGGAGUUGAAGCAAAAAGAGGAGGGAUUGAACUCAGAGAUUGAAGCAGCUGAAUCAUCAAUCUCCCAAGAUGAACUACCUAAGGUCACUGUAGAAACCCUAGAAAAGGGUUUCCUCAUUAAUGUGUUUUCAGAGAGGAAUUGCCCUGGGAUGCUUGUGGCAAUACUGGACGCCUUUGAAGAACUGGGUCUUGAUGUGCUCGAUGCUAGGGUUUCCUGUGAAGACACUUUCCAACUGGAAGCUGUUGGAGGAGAAAGCGAAGAAAAUGACAGCAUCGACGCGCAAGUGGUGAAGCAAGCAGUGCUUCAGGCAAUCAACAGCAUGGAUUAAAUAAUCCAAAAACAGAUGUGGGAAAAAACAAUAAAAAAUUAUAUCCUUUUUUUAAUCGUCAUUGUGAUAAAUGUAGAAGUUACAAUUCGUGUGAAAGAAUUUUUAAGUGUGAUGAUAGUGUAUAUAAUAUUAUUCAGUGAAAAUGUAAAGUACCUCUUCAAUGGUCCUUACACGAGAUGUGGCUUAUCAACAGCUUAUUCCUAGUUUAUGGAAAAGAAUGAAUGGACAGGGAUAUCUUAAUCUUCA